CAUGGAGACGCCACUAUUUUUCGAAUUCACAACAUAAAUAAAAACCAAAGUAUGAGACACCCUCGGGUGACAUUACACUCCAGCACUCCAAUAUUGCUCACUUUGAUAUCCGGAUCUUUUACUUUAAUCGCGAACCAACUACUUUCAAAUUAUUAAAAAAAAAUUUGCAGUGAAUGGAGUGCAUAUUGAAAAAUAGAGUAGAGUGUUAUAUUUACCAUUUGAAAAAUGUGAAUUGUCCGAUUGAUAUGCCAGUGACUGUUCACAUUAAUUAAUGCAGUUAAAGGAAUAGAAAAUCCUCAUUUUGAUAUUGAUCUAUAGGCAAUCAGAUUCAGAAACUAAUUGAAUCUAAAGUAGAGUAAAAGUGAGACGAAUCCCAAUCAUUAGCUAGCACGUUGAAAAUGUUUUGACUUUUUUGUAUUAAAAAUGGCAAAUUGAGGUGAUUUUAUUUUGAAAAAUUGCGCGGGUUCAUUCAGUCACUUUUUGAAAGGAAAAAAUUCAAAGCUCGUCAUUAUGACGAGCGGUACAGGCGCAUCCUCUGACACAAUGACAAUGUACGGUCUCGGAGUAACGAACAUUCGCGCAGUAACUUUGUGUAUCCCCCCGGUUCCACAAACAUUAUAGGUGAAACGAGAAGAGUAGAGGAAAAAAGAGAAUCAAGAUCCGUGGUGGGUGUCAUAGGGGAAAAAUAUAUAACUCGCAGGUUAAAACUAGUGCGUCUGUGCGGGGUUGAUUCAGUGAGGUGCGGCCCAACGGGUAACGUCUCGACGCGUUUUGAAUGCCUCAACAUACCUACGAGGCCAGUCAGAUUCUCGCCGCUCUUCCGUUAGCCCACGCGUCUUAGAAUCCGCGUGUUUAUUGUUCCACUGAACAUUUCUUCGUACAAACAACGCGAUGAGUGAGACAUUCAACGCUCCAAUAAAUUCAUCUACAUUUAUUUAUUCAUCCAUCGUUAUUUUUUUAUGUGCUGGUGAUAUUUUUAAUAUGAUCAACGAUCAAUAACAAUCGAAGUAUCCUGGUUAUAUAUAAUCUAUGAUUCGAUGUGAGAUUAUGGAAAUAUUCUGGGAGAAUGAAUUAUUCAAAUGGCGAUACCGCCAUUGAGAAAUUCGAUAAAAAAAUAGUGGUGUGGUAUGGAUUGCCGAAGCUUCGGAAAUUAUUAUUAAAAUAUUCUAAAAGCUGGAAAACGGAGGUAUCAGAUCUAUGAAGUUCGACUGCUUUACGGAGUUCUGUUUGUAUUUGGUAUUGAGUUGGAAUUAAUUUGAAUUUGCGGUGAAAAGUUGUGAUUAAAACUGAAGGGAAGAAUUACAGCUUUGGGGGUAAAUUAUUGGAAAGUUCUUCGAAUCUUGGGUAAUUCUUUACCCUCUCUCGAUGAUGAAAUGAUGAGAGCAAAGAAAAAAAAGUCAGAGAAUUAAUUGACACUUCAGAAAAUUUAUACUGAAAAAUUGAGCUUGAAAUGUGAUCGCAGUAUGCGAUGUAAAAAACAGUUAAUGGGCAACUUCAAGGAAGAUUUAUUUAUUUUUUGAGUGAACAUGGGAAGCUGGAUUUACACUAAAAAUGAAGGGUAGGAGUCAUGAAGGAACGUGUUUCACGAAGGAAGCAUUGUGAACCAUCUCGAGUAACAAACAUGAUAUUCAGGUGGUAUUCCAUACAGCCAUGAUCAACGCAACCAUCUCGUCUCUGAACUACGUGGCUGAUUCUAUUACUGAAGUGACAACAAGUGGUAAAAACUCGAGUGAACCCAAUGUAACGUCAAGCGUACAUGACACAUAUCGUUGUGAUCAAUUUGUAACAUCGGGUAGUAUUUUGGGAGCUUUAUGGUUUCAAAUAAUACUGUAUAUACUGUAUGGGGUAGUAUUUGUUGUUGCGUUACUUGGUAAUGCACUGGUGUGCUAUGUUGUAUGGAGCAGUCCACGAAUGAAAACAGUUACAAAUUACUUUAUUGUUAAUCUUGCCCUUGGGGAUCUACUCAUGGCUGUAUUCUGCGUACCAACGAGCUUUGUGAGCACCAUUAUUCUGCAGUACUGGCCAUUUGGUUCGAAAAUGUGUCCCGGCGUUAAUUUCGCACAGGCAGUUUCGGUUCUCGUGAGUGCCUACACCCUCGUGACAAUUAGCAUUGAUCGUUUUGUCGCGAUCAUGUGGCCGUUAUCCCCACGUACGACCAGGCUGCAGGCAAAAUUAUUGAUCGUGGCUGUUUGGAUACUGGCCGUGACUGUUUCAUCACCAAUCGCUGCUGUAUCCGAGCUGCAACAGCCAGAUGAGAAAUAUCACAUAUGUGAUCAAUUUAUAUGUGCGGAGCACUGGCCCGAGGGGUAUCAAAGAUAUUACUAUUCAAUAUCAUUAUUGAUCCUUCAGUACCUGGUGCCCUUGGUCGUCCUAAUUUUCACCUACAGUAGUAUCGCAAUCAGAGUGUGGGGAAAGCGACCACCAGGUGAGGCUGAAAACACGAGGGACCAGAGAAUGGCCAAAUCCAAACUGAAGAUGAUAAAAAUGAUGAUGGCUGUUGUUAUCGCUUUCACCGUUUGCUGGUUACCCUUUAAUGUCCUGACGUUGAUCCUGGAUAACAAUGACAGUAUACAUAGUUGGAAAGGGUUACCCGUCGUAUGGGCGACCCUUCACUGGCUGUCCAUGUCUCACUCUUGCUACAAUCCCGUCAUAUAUUGCUGGAUGAACGGCAGAUUUCGUUCAGGAUUUAUAAUAGCUCUGGGGAGUGUACCUGGCCUCAGGAGAGCGUUACCGGAACACCGACUGCCUGCUAAUACAAGCACAGCGCGUGUGCCCCACACAGGUAAUGACGGUGCCAAUGGCAACUUUAGCCUUCGUAGAAUAAACACGUUCACAACGUACGUGAGUAUGAGAAGAGCAAGAGAGAUGUGCCUCGGAAUUCCAGUGAGAAGUGCCAGUGUUCGUAAUUGUGAAUCCCGGAGAAUCGUUCGCAAUCGGCAGGAGAAUUUAGUGAAUGCCGAAACCCACAACGAGACGCAGAGAAUAUUUCCUCGUAAAAGUCAACAUUUCUGAGUUCAUUCCACUGGAAGAGCAUUUUUCACUGAUCCCCGGCCCACUAGAUUGACUAGAAAUUGAGUUUUCA